CUAUUGUGCAAAGUACAAAUUACUGCUAGCGUCGAUCACACUUCUUGCAAGCCUCAUUGUAUUGAGGUGGGGCUAAGAUGAGCAUAACCAGCGAUGAAGUGAAUUUCUUGGUUUAUCGUUACCUCCAGGAGUCAGGUUUCUCCCAUUCCGCAUUUACAUUUGGAAUAGAGAGUCAUAUUAGCCAAUCCAACAUAAAUGGAACGUUAGUGCCACCUGCUGCCCUUAUCUCUAUACUUCAGAAAGGCUUACAGUAUGUGGAAGCAGAGAUAAGCAUCAACGAGGAUGGUACAGUGUUUGAUGGCAGACCUAUAGAAUCAUUAUCUUUGAUAGAUGCAGUAAUGCCUGAUGUAGUGCAAACUCGGCAGCAGGCUUUCAGGGAGAAAUUAGCACAGCAGCAAGCUAGUGCAGCAACAGCUGUAGCUAUAAUAGCAACAGCAACAGCAGCCACAACUACUACAACAGCCACAGCAACAACUACUGCUGUCCCACAGCAAAAUACACCAAAGACUGGAGAAGCCACUGUGAAUGGAGAGGAGAAUGGGGCGCAUGCAAUAAAUAAUCACUCAAAACCAAUGGAAAUCGAUGGGGAUGUUGAAAUUCCUUCUAACAAAGCAACAGUUCUUCGGGGUCAUGAAUCAGAGGUGUUCAUCUGUGCCUGGAAUCCUGUCAGUGAUCUACUAGCAUCAGGAUCUGGUGAUUCCACUGCCAGAAUAUGGAAUCUUAAUGAAAACAGCAAUGGUAGUUCCACACAACUAGUUUUGAGGCACUGUAUAAGAGAAGGAGGGCAUGAUGUUCCCAGCAAUAAGGAUGUAACAUCACUAGACUGGAAUAGUGAUGGAACACUCUUGGCUACUGGAUCAUAUGAUGGCUUUGCAAGAAUAUGGACAGAAGAUGGAAAUCUUGCAAGCACCUUAGGGCAACAUAAAGGGCCCAUCUUUGCUCUAAAGUGGAACAAAAAGGGAAAUUACAUUUUAAGUGCAGGUGUUGAUAAAACAACAAUAAUUUGGGAUGCUCAUACAGGUGAAGCUAAACAACAGUUUCCUUUCCACUCAGCCCCAGCCCUGGAUGUAGACUGGCAAAACAAUACUACCUUUGCAUCAUGCAGCACUGAUAUGUGCAUACAUGUAUGCAGACUAGGCUGCGAUCGUCCAGUCAAAACCUUUCAAGGCCAUACGAAUGAGGUCAAUGCAAUUAAAUGGGAUCCUUCUGGUAUGCUUCUAGCAUCCUGCUCAGAUGAUAUGACGUUAAAGAUUUGGAGUAUGAAACAAGACACUUGUGUACAUGACCUUCAAGCACAUAACAAAGAGAUUUAUACUAUCAAAUGGAGUCCAACAGGACCAGGUACCAGCAACCCAAACUGCAACAUUAUGUUGGCAAGUGCUUCAUUUGAUUCUACUGUUCGGUUGUGGGAUGUAGAAAGAGGUAUCUGCACUCACACGUUAACAAAACAUCAAGAACCUGUUUACAGUGUAGCUUUUAGUCCUGAUGGAAAAUAUUUAGCAAGUGGAUCCUUCGACAAAUGUGUUCAUAUAUGGAAUACCCAGAGUGGGACUCUAGUACAUAGCUACAGAGGCACUGGUGGAAUAUUUGAAGUCUGCUGGAAUGCUAGAGGAAACAAAGUGGGAGCCAGUGCUUCAGAUGGAUCGGUGUGUGUUCUAGACCUGCGAAAGUAAAUAUUUUAGAAGAAACUGCAAAUGAACCAGCAUUCAGUGUGGAGGUAGAAGCACUCUUCGAACAUACUUUUAACAUCUCUAGAAUGGCAAAAACUGGGGGAAACAAACAGAAGCAGAACUAAACAAAUAAUGCAUUUCUCCCAGGCAAAAGAAGCUUGCAAUGUUUUGUCCAUCAACCUUCACCAAGGUUUUAAAACAGAAUCACUUAGGGAGGCGGGAUUUGUCCACUAUGAACCUACAGCCUUUGGAGGCAAGCAAGAAGGUGACCAUCAACAGCUAAAUCUGCUGUUUGCUGGGGUCAAAUCGCUGAGAUCUCAUUUUGACAGCUGCUAAAAAGAAG